AUGGCGCCAACGCCCCAAUCAGCUUAUGAGGGUACUUGGGAUUCGGACACUCAGAAAUAUGUCCUUCCACCGCUUGUUGGUUUGCCGUUCUCGGAGAUGAGGAAGAAUGGUAGUUCAUUCCCCCCCCUGUUUGCAUAUUUGUUGUUUUUUCCAAUCUGACUCUCCUUGCCCUUAGGAAUGGGGGUUCGGCAUGCCGGGGACACGAGGUACUAUCGACUCAUCGUGAUUCAUGCAAUCUUUGCCGCGUUAGCAAUCCUCAUCAUGAUACCCGCAGCGAUCAUCUGCGCGAGGUUUCUUUAUCACGGACGGAAUCCACGAGCGGCAAUGUGGGGCCACAUCGGGUUGAAUACGGCUGCCCUGUUGAGCCUGACCAUCACCUUCGUUUCCGGCUAUGUCGCGGUGGGCCAGAAUGCCUGGGGAUCGAAUCCUCAUCAUCUGAUUGGUGUCUCUCUCUACGGAGCUGUGAUUUUUCAGGCAUUGUUUGGGUUAUUCAUUCGGGCUCGGAAUCAGAAGAAAGUCAUCCGGAAGAAGAUUGCGUUUCACACCAUGGUAUGCCACUUUCCGUUUGUGUGCCCUGCGCAUCGACUUGGAACUGACUUUGAAAUAGCUGCACCAUUGGCUUGGCCGCGGUAUUUGGCUGUUGGGGCUCGCACAGAUUCCUCUGGGACUCUAUCUUUAUGGAUCACCGCUCAUCUUGUUCAUCCUCUAUGCGGUCUGCGUCUUUGUCUUUUUCCUCUCCUGGUUUGUUUGUGAGUACAUGAAGACUCGCGGGUACUUUUCCCUUGGCACAGCCGACCUGGCUCGCGAGACGCCGGAUAUGGCCGAGGUUCCUACAGCGAUGGAAGAUGGUUCCUAUCAAGCUGGUCAGUAUUCGACCGAACUACCUCAACGCAGGUCCGGGCGUGGAAGGAUCAACAUGUGGCCGAGUAUAUUUCCCAGGCGACAGUCGAGCGCUAAGGAUGCGGCUGUUGGUGGAGGCGGGGGUGGGGGGUACAAUACGGAUGUGACUAGGGCGACAAGUUUCGAUACCAGUAGAGCCCCCAGCGCCCAUAGUCCUGCCAUUGGUGGUCUUCAUGCUCCACCUGGUCGACACAACCAGGUUCCACCGGUUCCAAACUUGCCGACUAACUAUGGAGGGGAUCAGAGCGAUCAGAUCGCGUCGCCGGUGGGUUCCGGGGAUGUCCAUAGGGAUAAUGGAGAUAGGUAUCUACAGGGACCUGGUUCGGUAAGGGACACUGUGCUACGAGAUAGUACUACUUUGGGGACAGGAAUUCAUAGUGGACCUUCGCGCGUUGAGAUGCCGCACGAGUCACCCAUUUCUCCACCCUACACGGUUACACCGGUCGCCUCUGGACAUGGAAACAUGAGCAGCCCACAUACGUCGGAUAUCAGCGGAAACUCUUCGAGUCACCUAAGGCCGUAUCCGAUGCCACCCUAUCACUCCACCCCCCAUCGACAGCAGGAGGAGAUGCCACCUUCUCCUAUCGCCGGUGGUGGGUAUAUGGAGGCGGACAACGGGUUCGUACACGGCCCUGCACGUCACGGGGAACCACCAAUGGCUCCGCUACCGCUACCGCCGGACCCACGUCGUGGGCAACAACAGCAGCCACAUCGCCGCGAUAGAUCCACUGAUAGUAUUCCGCGUCUUCCCACGUCCCACUCAACCGAGUAUCUGCCCGCGGAGGAGCGUGCGGGAGAACCAUCCGUCAGCCGCCGGAACUCGCGGAAGAAAGAUGCUCAAGUCAGCGUUCAGGUCCGUGUGAACCCGGAUGGUAAAUCUGUCACGGUCCGCCGGAUACCCGCGGAAGAGAACGAGCGAGAUCGUCGUGAGCGUGCGCGCUUACGCGCUGAAAAGGCAGCCCAGCGAGAGAUCAGUCUCGACCGUGAACGUCAGCAUCGUCGGAGCCACUCUGGUCGCAGAUCAUCCGAACGUCAUGAGCGGCAUGAGCGGCAUGAACGACAUGAACGACCCACAACGUCCGGUUCCGGGGCACGCGUGCCCCCCGCCCCAGCAUCUUCAGUAAGUGGAUACGGCCCCGAGUCAUCUGUGGGCGGGUACGCCCCCUCAACAGGUGCCCAAUCAUCCACCAUCGCGGGUGCUAGCGGCGGCCUUCUCGGGGGCGGCGCUCCGCCACCGCAGGGUAGAGUCCGCGCGCCGGAACCACAGCGAAUGCCCGAACCGCCACAAGCCUCAACCCCCCUCCACCAUCCGGUCAGCUCCUCUCCACUCCCAUACGGCGGUGUCUCUCCGAGCGCACGUGGGAGCGUAGUCAGUGCUUCGGGCACAGCGGAGAACAGCGAGCUGGAGCAGGAAGCGGCGAAGGCAUAUCGCAAGAAGAAAAUACGAGAGGGAACGAGCAGUCUUGGGAACCCGCUGAGUAGUCUGGGAGCUACGUAUGAUGAAGAUGGGGUUGAAUGGAAUUGA